UAGUAAGUAACAUUUGUUCUGCUUAGUCUGUGAUUCUAAAUCGUGAUAGAGAGUUUUGAUCAUGGUCUUUUUAUUAACCAUUAAGGAAUGAAUGUUCAUCUUCAGAUAGUAAAAUUCAGGAUCCAUGAUUUGCUGGCUAUUGUUUUAUGCAUCAUUUCUUUGAAUGUGAUAUUGUCAGUGUAUUGUCUCCCAGAUUCGCAAGACAUCAUGAACACCAGACAAGAUCGGGUAGAAAGAGGUAACGAAGAAGGGCCAGCAAGAAAGAAGAGUCGUAUGGAACAAUCAUCGUCAUCCUACCAGUUUCCAACAACUCUUGAGGACUUCCAGUACCAGUUCAAUGAAAAGGGCCAGCUAAGACACUCUGUCUCAGGGAAGCCAUAUGAAUUUGAAUUCAAGAAAGGUGAUCCAACAUACAACCAGAGGAGGUAUGAGGCCCUUGGUAAAAUCAUCACACAACACAUCUAUAAACUCCUGGAGACAGAGACUAAGUUAGAAAGAAUAUACAUCCCAACAGACCAUCAAGAUAAUGAGCCUAGAAGCUUUGUGUUUGUCAGUAAGAAUGCCUUAACAACCAGAGGCAAGUUGCUGGUUCUAAUCAAUGGUUCCGGUGCUGUCAGAGCAGGCCAAUGGGCUAGAAAGCUGAUCAUCAAUGAUUGCCUUGAUAGCGGCACUCAGCUUCCCUAUAUCAAGAAAGCAUUAGAGGAGGGGUAUGAGGUCCUUGUCAUGAAUACCAAUGAAAACAGAGGCCAAGAUUCAAGUAGGAGAAGUGUGCCAAUUAGGAAAAGUUCUAGUCCAUAUGAGCAUGGUGUCUAUGUAUGGGAUAAGUUUAUUGCCAGUCGACCUGUCAGACACGUUGCUAUAGUUGCACACAGCAUGGGUGGCAGCGUCACAGAACAUAUAGCCAGUAAAAGAGAGCAAUCCUUCUUGAAGAAAGUAUUUGCUGUUGCUUUCACCGACUCCGUCCACUCCAUGGCAACACUUGGAAUUUCACACAACAUCAAGAAUUUUUUUGCAAAGCACACUGUUAACUGGGUUUCCUCUGUGCAGCCACUGGACACACCCAGACCAUCCAAGAGACCUCUGGAUAGCAAACAAGUCUCUGCUGGCACCCAGGUCCAUGCUGAAACCUCCUGGACCAGUUUCAAGUCAGUCUUCAAGUUCCUCAAGAGAAAAGAGACCGAACUGAUGACCAAGGAGCGGGGUCAGACUGGACAUAACCCAGGCGUGAGCAUCGCACACGAUGAGGACCUGGAUGAUGAUGACGAUGACAGUACUCUAGAACUAAGAAAGGAAUCCUCGGAUGAUGAUAGUCAGGAUAAAGAGAUCGGUCAGGGGGAUCAACCUAAGGGAAGGUCGGGUGCUGGUAUUGAUAUUUCAUCAUCGGACGAAGACACAGAAGCUAGUUUUGAUUUCCAGCGGUACAGCGAGGAAUUAUGAUGAUAGUUUGGCAGCUUCAUCUGCUGGUAUGAAAACUCUUUAUUCAGUCAGUGAGCUGUGCAUUGUGGCAUGUGCCGGUCCGACCGACGUGGGCAGAAGUCUUGGAUUGAUGCAAGGUUUCAGGUUUGAGCCUAGGUCAUGAUGGUGAUGUUAGAGGUCGGUCAGAUAAAACAGACUUAGGGCUUGACUGUCCUGAUUGUGGACA